GUAAGCGGACCUGUAGCGCUCACUACUCUACACUACUCUCACUACUCUCACUACUCUCUCACUACUCUCUCACUACUCUCACUGCGCUUCUGUGUGGAAUUAAACUCGCUCAAUUAUACACAGACCGCACGGAUACUGUUCUAAAGCAGUAGCGAUGCCUUGUGUCGAGACCCAGUAUGGAAGCCUGCCUUAUGAAAGCAACUACUUCAGCCCUGAUUUUCUAAACUCAGGUCUCUCCAACAAGCAGUGUAUGGAUCUCAGCAUACAGAGGGAGCAGCUUUCUCCUCCAUCACUGCCCAGCAUCAACACUCUAGUGAGUCACCCUGGUGAGAUCGACACCUUCUCUUGCCAGUUCACCGCAUCAGUCUCGCCUGUCAUGAACACGCCUAGUGACACAUUGGUUGAAGGUUCAAGCCCACAUGGUGUUCAGUCUCCUUUCAAGCUGGACGAAAUCCAGGUCUACGGCUGCUACCCGGGAACCUUUGCCUUCAGUUGUCUGGAUGAAAGCUUGUCCUCAUGUGGAUCUGAUUAUUAUGGAAGCCCGCCUUCUGCAACUUCCUCACCUUCCACCCCAGGUUUCCAAAACCAUCCUGGUUCAACCUGGGAAAGUGCCUUCAGUCCAUUUUCUUCCAUUUCCUGGCCAUCAGAGGUCACAGCUCUACACCAGCAGCCUUCCUUCUUCACAAUUAGCUCUCCAGUUGAGCAGCAGUCCCCAAUCCGGGAUCUCCAACUGCAGCUCGGAGACGAGGAUGCUUUUGGUCAACUUCACCAACCAUCUCCAUUACAUUUCCCAUCCAUGGAGCUUGAGCACGGAUGUAUGGACAAUCAAGUACUAAAGGUCGAAAGGGUCGAGGCUCAUCCUUCCACAAAACCACGAAGUCCCAAUGAAGGACAUUGUGCAGUAUGUGGGGACAAUGCUUCCUGUCAGCACUAUGGGGUUCGCACCUGUGAAGGGUGCAAAGGGUUCUUCAAGCGCACUGUUCAGAAGAAUGCAAAAUAUGUCUGCCUUGCUAAUAAGGACUGUCCCGUCGACAAGCGACGUAGGAACCGAUGUCAGUUUUGCCGAUUUCAGAAAUGUCUUGCAGUAGGAAUGGUCAAAGAAGUGGUGAGAACAGACAGUCUGAAAGGUCGAAGAGGACGUCUUCCAUCAAAGCCCAAGAACCUUCCGGACCACGUGACUCCUGUGAAUAUCACCGCUUCACUUGUAAAAGCUCACAUCGAUUCCAACCCUGCUGUGGCAAAACUGGAUUACUCUAGGUACCAGGAAGAUGUGAAGAACCUGUCUGAAAAGGUGAACGCCAGUGACAUCAAGCAGUUUUAUGAUCUCCUCACCGAGACCAUGGAGGUUAUUCAGAAAUGGGCUGAGGCUAUUCCUGGGUUCUGCACUUUCUGUCAUGAAGACAAGGAGCUUCUGCUGGAGGCUGCGUUUGUUGAGCUUUUCAUACUGAGAUUAGCAUACAGAUCAAAUCCAGAGGAACAUAAACUGAUAUUCUGUAACGGUGUGGUGCUGCACCGCUCACAGUGUGUACGAGGGUUUGGAGACUGGAUUGAUUCAAUCAUGGACUUCUCCCAGAGUCUCCAUCGCUUGAGCUUGGACAUAACAUCGUUCUCUUGCUUAGCAGCACUCGUCAUCAUCACAGAUCGUCAUGGUCUAAAGGAACCCAAACGCGUGGAAGAACUUCAAAACCGCUUGAUCUCCUGCCUGAGAAUCCACAUGACCAGCAGCAGCUCAGACCAGAGCAGAUCUCAGCCAUGUCUGUCUAGGCUGCUGAGCAAACUUCCAGAGCUGAGGACUUUGUGCACACAGGGUCUGCAGCGGAUCUUCUACCUGAAGCUGGAGGACCUGGUUCCUCCUCCACCAAUAGUUGAGAAAAUCUUCAUGGACACACUUCCAUUCUGAGCGUUGAAUGAAACACUUGUGGGACAAAACCGAGACAGAAAUCCAGACUAUUUCUGUAAGAGAAGGUUUUCCAGUGAACUCAGACAGACUGAUGCUAUUCUGACUAAAGAGACCUUUCUAACAGAGUUCAACUGAGAACUACAAGGAAAACACAGUGUUCCUUACAUCAUGUAGCAGAUAUUUUUUUAUGUUGGAAAAUAUUAGAGGGCAUUUUCUAUACUUUAAUCUGUGUGUGUGUGUGUGUGUGUGUGUGUGGUUAUGACAUUAUUGCUAUGCAAAUAUCUUUAUAUUCAGUGAUGGACUUGAUGUAGAUUUUAGCAUCAGCAGGAUUUUAUACAAAACUUCUUUGUCAACAUGUGAUGUUGAUUUUAUAUUCAUUAUUAUAUCUUUUUUCCCCAGAAAGCAAAAAAUUAAAAGUAUUUUUCCAGUCAAAAUUUGA